GGGAAAUACCAUCUCACCCACAGCCUGAGCUCGCACAAUUUGGCGCGAGUUGCCUCAUGUGUGUGGUACAACAUAUAAUCAACGAACUGUUUAUAUAAAUAUUAGUCAAAAUGACAGACAAGGAUGCAGAAGGCUUUGACGAUGCAGUGGAAGAACGAGUCAUCAAUGAAGAAUAUAAAAUAUGGAAGAAAAACACACCAUUCUUGUACGACCUUGUCAUGACACAUGCCUUGGAGUGGCCCAGUCUCACAGCACAAUGGCUUCCCGAUGUUACCAGACCAGAAGGGAAGGAUUAUUCACUGCACAGAUUAAUUCUUGGCACACACACGCCUGCUAUUUUCAGUUCAGAUGAACAGAACCACUUGCUGAUAGCCAGCGUUCAGCUUCCUAAUGACAACGCUCAGUUUGAUGCGUCACACUAUGACAGUGAAAAAGGAGAGUUUGGAGGUUUUGGCUCUGUGAGUGGCAAAAUAGAAAUUGAGAUUAAAAUCAACCACGAAGGUGAAGUAAACAGAGCUCGGUUUAUGCCCCAGAACCCUACAAUAAUUGCAACAAAGACACCCUCGAGUGACGUCCUGGUCUUUGACUACACAAAACAUCCAUCUAAACCAGAUCCUAGUGGUGAAUGCAGCCCUGAGCUCAGAUUAAAGGGUCAUCAAAAAGAAGGUUAUGGAUUAUCAUGGAACCCAAAUCUCAAUGGUCACUUGCUUAGUGCUUCUGACGAUCAUACAAUAUGCUUGUGGGACAUAAACACAACACCAAAGGAUAAAGUCAUUGACGCCAACACAAUAUUCACUGGCCAUACGUCGGUGGUGGAGGAUGUAGCAUGGCAUCUUCUUCAUGAAAGUCUGUUUGGGUCCGUGGCUGACGAUCAGAAACUGAUGAUCUGGGACACACGCUCAAACAACACGAGCAAGCCGAGCCAUACCGUCGACGCCCACACAGCAGAAGUUAACUGCCUCUCCUUCAACCCUUACAGUGAAUUCAUUCUUGCCACAGGAUCUGCAGACAAGACUGUUGCAUUAUGGGACUUGAGGAAUCUAAAAUUGAAGUUGCAUUCAUUUGAGUCGCACAAAGACGAGAUUUUCCAGGUUCAGUGGUCCCCCCAUAACGAGACAAUCCUGGCUUCUAGCGGCACCGACAGGAGGCUGCAUGUGUGGGACUUGAGUAAGAUCGGAGAGGAGCAGUCUGCGGAGGAUGCAGAAGAUGGGCCACCAGAGUUGCUGUUCAUACAUGGAGGCCACACAGCUAAGAUCUCCGAUUUCUCAUGGAACCCAAAUGAACCCUGGGUAAUCUGCUCCGUGUCCGAAGACAACAUCAUGCAGGUCUGGCAGAUGGCGGAGAACAUCUACAAUGACGAGGAGCCCGACACGCCUGCAGCCGAGCUGGAGCAGGCCGCUCAGUAGAAGUGGACAAAAUGUCGCAAGGACAAUUCAUGUAUCAUUGAUAUGGUCAACCAACGUUGGUCUGUGUAACAAGUGUUAUGCAACAUUACAGUAUGGAGAACUGUCUUAAUAUUGUCACCAGUGGACACAGAUGUCCCUGGUGACCUUGGUCCUGUGGAUUAUUUAUGAGAGGAUUCAAGAUUUUGUACCUAUUCAUCAUCAUGAUGCCGCAGAAUCAAGCUGCUGUUUCAAGAUCAGGUUGCUGUGGUAGUCUUCAUCAGAAAUAAACACGCUUCAUCCUA